AUGACGUCCUCUGAUGUGCGCGACGUUCUCAACCUGGGAGACAGUUCCUCCGGCCCGCGACCGUCUAAGAAACAGAAAAUCGGGCAGCCGAAACCGAAUCUCAAGGGUCUAGCCAGAGAAGUCCUCAAUCUCGGAGGCGAUAAUCCCGUAUCGAUAAUACCGGCCAAGAACCAAUUCAAGAAGAGGCGUCUUGGGGGUCGGAAACCGGCUGCGCGAUGGGAACUUCGCGAGUUCCGCAAUUCAGGCCGCGAUGAUAGGUCAUUGAUUUUGCGGCAUUGGCGACGGGUAGAUACCAAGGAUCUCGCCGCAUCUAGUGGCGAGCGCCAGCAGCAGCUCGAGGCGCAACUGCAAGAUGGCGGACAGGAGAAAAAUGGAGAGAAGAAGGAAAGCGAGGCGGAACGAGACAUAGAAGACUCGGCAUUCGCCAAGUUCAACGUGAGGAUCCAGGUCCCCCAAUACUCGCAGGACCAAUACCAAGUCUCGCUGCAAAACGAGGACUGGACAAAGGAAGAGACAGACUAUUUGAUGGAGAUGGCAAGCGACUUUGAUCUCCGUUGGCCACUUAUCUGGGAUCGAUACGAGUAUCAACCUCCCGCGACUAAUGGGGCGACCGACGUGGACGGGGACGAGAGUAAGGCAAUUGUCCCCGCUACGAGGCCUCGGUCAAUGGAGGACCUAAAGGCUAGAUACUACGAGGUUGCUGCCAAGAUGAUGGCCGCCCAGAAACCGGUGCAGUACAUGACACAGCAGGAAUAUGCGCUGCAUGAGACCAUGGCGCAUUUCAACCCCAAGCAAGAGAAGCUGAGGAAGGAAUUUGCAAUGAAUUCCAUGUCGCGAUCAAAGGAGGAAGCCCGAGAAGAAGAGUCGUUGUUGCUGGAAAUCAAGCGGAUAAUGGCGAGGAGUGAGCGAUUCAACGAAGAGAGGAGAGAGCUGUAUAACCGGUUGGAUUAUCCUAGGGCCGAAACGGACAUCAACCCAUUCAAGUCUUCGGCUGGACUGCAGACCUUGCUGCAGAAUCUUAUGAGUACUGACAAGUCAAAGAAGAGAAAAUCCAUCAUGGGCACCGACAGCCCGGCUGGCCCAGGACCUGGCGCAGCUGGAGCGGCUCAAAAUGCAGCAGCUCCAGAAUCAGGUAAACGGGAGAGUGCUGCUGUGUCGAAUGCUGCGACUCGUGAAUCUACGGCAGCAACGUCAACACCCACCGCUGCCAGUAAGAAGGCUCAACAACAAGAGAAGCAGCAGCAACAAGCCCCAGAGCGCAGGAAGCUCAACAGCCAGGAAGAAGCUGUAUAUGGCGUUACACAUCACGACCGACUUGGCUCGGGACCUACGUUCCGGACCGAAAAGAUCAACAAGCUCUUCUCUCAUAAGUCAAACCAGCAGCAACUCCGUAUUAACAACACUCUCAACGAGCUGGAUGUUCCGGCUAAAUUAGCAAUGCCAACUGCUGCGACCACUCUGCAAUAUGAACAGCUCCUGGCUGCUGUCAACAGUUUAUUGGACGCGCGAAAGGUAUCAGACAAACUCGAUGGCGAGAUCAAGAUCGAGCAGGCUAAGAAGGCAGAGCGAGAGAAGAACCAAGGCCCUGCUGCCCCUGAGAAAGAGACUGCUCCGGCGGACAGCGAGAGAAAGACUGACGGCGAGGUUAAGAAGCCUGAUAACGCUACUACCUCCGGUGAUCAGCCAGAGUCUGCGGACAAGGCUGCCGGCCCGGCUGGUGAGGACAAGGACAAGGCCGACGAUGUCAAAGACCAACAAGUACCACCUGCAGGGACGGGUGACGGCGCAGAAGAGUCGACCUCCAAAUCAGAACAAGACCAAGAGGCCGCCGCCGCCACGGAGAAAGUGACAGCAGUCGAGCCGGAAAGGGAAAAGAGCGCUCGGCCGGGAAGUAGCAGUGGUGCCCACAAACGAAGUGCCAGUGUAUUAAGCAGCGUGAGCGACAAGAGCGCCAAACGACAGAAGAAGUGA